AUGCUCUCGUCACGAUUAAUGCGGAACGCUGUCCCGCGCGCCACAUCCACCUUCCGAUCAUCAGCAUACCGAGCGCCUCUCACAUCGCAGUUCCGAAGAGGAUAUGCGGAGGACACCAAUGCAUCCGGCGAGAAGGUCAAGGGCCCAAUCAUCGGUAUCGACUUGGGUACCACCAACUCUGCUGUGGCAGUCAUGGAGGGCCAGCAGCCACGUAUAAUAGAGAACUCGGAAGGUGCACGAACAACACCUUCAGUAGUCGGUUUCACCAAAGAGGGCGAGCGUCUCGUCGGUAUCUCCGCGAAGCGACAAGCAGUCGUCAACCCAGAGAACACCCUCUUCGCCACCAAGCGUCUUAUCGGACGAAAGUUCAAGGACGCCGAGGUGCAGCGCGAUAUCCAGCAGGUCCCAUACAAGAUCGUCCAGCACACAAACGGCGAUGCGUGGUUGGAGGCACACGGCCAGAAAUACUCUCCAUCGCAGAUCGGUGGUUUCGUUCUUGGAAAGAUGAAGGAGACUGCUGAGGGUUUCUUGGGCAAGAACGUCAAGGACGCCGUCGUCACCGUUCCAGCAUACUUCAACGAUCAGCAGAGACAAGCUACAAAGGAUGCCGGUCAGAUCUCUGGUCUGACCGUGCACCGUGUAAUCAACGAGCCUACCGCUGCAGCCCUCGCCUACGGUCUUGAGAAGGACGACAGAGUCGUGGCUGUGUACGAUCUCGGUGGCGGUACCUUCGAUAUCUCCGUUCUCGAGAUCUCCGCUGGUGUGUUCGAGGUCAAGGCCACGAACGGUGACACUCACCUCGGUGGUGAGGAUUUCGACAUUACCCUCGUCCGCCAUCUCGUCCAGCAAUUCAAGAAGGAGCAAGGCAUCGAUCUCUCAAGUGACCGCAUGGCCAUCCAGCGUAUUCGUGAGGCAGCCGAGAAGGCCAAGAUUGAGCUUUCGUCUUCAUCGCAGACCGACAUCAACCUGCCUUUCAUCACUGCCGACUCUUCUGGACCAAAGCACAUUAACACCAAGAUGACCCGAUCGCAACUCGAGGGCCUGGUCGGACCUCUCAUUGACCGCACUGUCGACCCUGUCCGCAAGGCACUCAAAGACGCCAACCUCCAGGCAAAGGACAUUCAGGACGUCAUCCUCGUUGGUGGUAUGACCCGUAUGCCAAAGGUUAUGGAAGUCGUCAAGGGCAUUUUCGGCCGCGACCCAGCCAAGUCUGUUAACCCAGAUGAGGCUGUUGCCAUUGGUGCUGCCAUCCAGGGUGGUGUCCUCGCUGGUGAGGUUACCGACAUUCUCCUCCUCGAUGUGACACCACUUUCUCUCGGUAUCGAGACCCUUGGUGGUGUCUUCACCCGCCUGAUCAACCGCAACACCACCAUCCCAACCAAGAAGUCGCAGACCUUCUCCACUGCCGCUGACUUCCAGUCCGCUGUCGAGAUCAAGGUCUUCCAGGGUGAGCGUGAGCUUGUCCGCGACAACAAGCUUCUCGGCAACUUCCAGCUUGUUGGUAUUCCACCUGCCCACCGUGGUGUGCCUCAGAUUGAGGUCACCUUCGACAUUGACGCCAACUCCAUCGUUCACGUACACGCCAAGGACAAGUCUACCGGCAAGGACCAAUCUAUCCAGAUCGCAUCUGGCUCUGGUCUUAGCGACGACGAGAUCCAGAACAUGGUCAACGACGCCGAGAAGUUCGCCGCCGCCGACAAGGGCCGCAAGGAGGCUAUCGAGUCCGCCAACCGUGCCGACAGCGUCGUCAACGACACCGAGAAGGCCCUCAAGGAGUUUGAGGACAGAAUCGACAAGACCGAGGCUGACCAGAUCCGCGAGAAGAUCACCGCACUCCGUGAGGUCAUCGCCAAGACCCAGACUGGCGAGAGCGAAGUGACCGCCGAGGAGAUGAAGCAGAAGACCGAUGACCUCCAGAGCGCAUCGCUCACUCUCUUCGACAAGAUGCACCGCGCCCGUCAGGAGUCCGGUGAGGCCAACCAGCAAUCCGGCGAGCAGCAAUCUGGCGAGCAAGGCCAGCAAGGACAGGGCAAGGAUGGCGAGAAGAAGCCUUGA